UUUUCUGCUGGAAACAGGGUGGUGGUGGCAGGAGGGGACAGGCUCUGCUGGUCCCUGCUGGUCCUCACUGUCCCCUUUGCUCCCUGCAGGAUCUGCCCAGGCCAAGGCAGAUCCAUCAGGAUACGAUGGAGGAGAAAGGGAAACUCGGGGGGAUUUCCAAGCUUCUGAAGAUUCCAAACAUCAUUCCACGCCCAAAAACUUGGAUGGAAGCGGCCAGCAGGUCUGCAGGCACCUGAAACACGGCUGCUCCUGCCCAUUCCCAGAACACCAGCAGCAGGAAUUUCCAUUCGCUGGAAAGGGUGUGUGUGGUUUUUUUGCCUUUGUUUUCUGGAAAGCUCGAGAGAAAAAGCCUUUAGCUGGGUGAUAAGGACAGCAUUUCGCUUUUUAUCAGACGUCCCGUGUUUGGUCUCGGUAUGGGAGGCGCUGAGCUGGGUGAGGAGGGAAAUCAGGGUGGAUGUGGUGACCAAAGCGAGGGUGGGAGCAGGGAGUGAGGGCAGGAGGAAGGAGCUGGGCACGGAUCUGCCCAUUCCCAGCCUGUCCUGGCCACGGAGCUGCCACCGAGCCACCGCCACCGCCAGCGACAUGUGGGGACUGCUGCUGACCCUGCUGUGCCUCCCACUCGGGGACGGAACGCUCAGGAUCACCCUGAGGAAGGGCAGGUCCGUGCAGGAGGUGAUGAGACAGAAGGGGCUGCCCGAGGGGUUCCUGAGUGACCUGCGAGGGGACCCAGGGAGGAAAUACCAGCUCGGAGGGGCUGUGGCUUAUGAACCUCUGCUGAACCACCUGGACACCUUCUACUUCGGGGAGAUCGGCAUCGGGACCCCUCCCCAAAAUUUCCUGGUGAUCUUUGACACCGGCUCUGCCAACCUGUGGGUGCCCUCCACCUACUGCCAGAGCCCAGCCUGUGAGGAUCAUGCCAGGUUCAACCACAGCCUGUCCUCCACCUUCCUGGGCACCGGUGCCAGCUACACCCUGAGCUACGGCUUUGGGGACCUGUCCGUGGUGUUGGGAUGUGACACUGUGACAAUCCAGAACAUCACCCUCAGCAACCAGGAAUUCGGCCUGAGCCUGGAUGAGCCCAGCAGACCCUUCUACUACCUGGAUUUCGAUGGGAUUUUGGGCCUGGCUUACCCGGGCGUUGCCAUCCCUGGUUUCCCCACGUUGCUGCAGAAUUUGCUGUGGCAGGAGCAGCUCAGCAAACCCAUCUUCAGCUUCUACUUCUCCCGCAACCCAACAUACAAUUACGGUGGGGAAGUCAUCCUGGGGGGGGUUGACCCCCAGCUCUUCUCCGGGGAGGUUUUAUGGGCUCCCGUGAUCCAGGAAUUGUACUGGAAGAUCAACAUCGAGGGGUUUUCCGUGGGGAUGGAGGUCACUGGCUGGUGCAGCCGAGGUUGUCACGGGAUUGUGGACACGGGGACCUUCCUGCUCACCGUCCCAGGUCCCCUCCUGCCAGCCCUGCUGCAGGCUCUGGGCGCCCAGGAGAGCGAUGAUGGGUUCCUCGUUGACUGCAGCACCAUCCCAGAAAUGCCCACCCUCUACUUUGCCAUCGCUGGAGCCUGGAUCCCGCUGCCUCCCGCUGUUUAUGUCCUGCAGGAUGAUGGGAUUUGCACCGUGGGGGUGGAGAGCACCUACGUGUCCUCUGCCGGUGGCCAGCCCCUCUGGAUCCUCGGGAAUCUCUUCCUCAGGCAGUAUUAUUCCAUCUUCGACCUGGCCAACAACAGGGUGGGCUUUGCCAGGGCAUCCUAGGGAUGCUGAGCAGCAUCCACGGGGGGUUUUAUCCCUGGAAUAACCUUCUCCUCCCUCAGAUCCGGGUGUGGUGAUGAGCAGUGAAUAAAGGACU